UUCGACUCAUCGGCUAUGGCCUGAUCCCAUCAUCUUUCUUCCCGCGGCUACUAGUGAGCCUCGACGAUCCUUUCCGACUUUUUGUUCUGCAAUCGCCUGGGCGGUGCUGCUUCGCUUCCCUCUCCCGUACCUCACCCUCCUUUAAGCCUUCGGUCAUCGAGGCGCAACAAAAACAGUUCAACUCUUCCAUUCUUUUUCAUCAUACUACCGUUUACACUCCGUCGAACGAACGUACCACAAACGAAGGUCGGCGAUCCCUCGACCGCGACUCCUCCACGACUCACCCCUCCGUACACCGCACCAGGUCUUGGCACCUCCUUCGCAAUGCAAGAAAGCUCCAUCGCCAUGGUGCAACCAAGCGAUGGGGCAAAGGCUCUCUCUGCUUCCCCAGCGUCCACGGCGGUUUCAACCCAUACCCCAGGCUCGGCACCGCGUCGACCUCCGCGUAAAAGCACCUUAACGCAGCAGCAGAAGAAUCAGAAACGACAACGCGCAACUCAGGAUCAACUCAUCACCCUCGAAGUCGAGUUCAACAAAAACCCGACUCCCACCGCCAUGGUGCGGGAACGCAUUGCACAGGAAAUCAAUAUGACCGAACGCUCCGUCCAGAUUUGGUUUCAAAAUCGACGAGCGAAGAUCAAGAAUAUUGCGAAGAAGAGCAUCGAAAACGGGGAGGAUUGCAACGAUAUCCCGGAAUCCAUGAGGCGAUAUCUCGCUCUCCAGGCAAUGGAAUCCGGUAAGUCUCUUGUGGGUCGGGACCUCCUUGGCCGCGGUCUUUCGUACGGGAAUGGGCUCCUGCUCAACACCGAAACAAGCUCGAGCAAAGUCGUCAUCCACCAUCUACAUUGUCGCUCCCUUACCAUCGGUUCAUGGCGUCGAGUUGGCCAGACCGCGAUGGACCUCGUCAUAUUCUACUCGCCGGAAAAACGAUGCGUUACAUAUUAUAUCAACAACGAUUCGGCCGGCUACAAGAUCGAAUAUCCUUUCAACGCGAUCAAGAACAUCUCGCUGGAAAGCGGAGAUGCACUGAGCGCGGAGGGUGCGUCACAGCGCCCUGGAGGUCUCAUCGUGGAGUUGAAUCGUCCUCCCAACUUCUUCAUGGACUCCUCAGGCUCCGGAGGCUUCUAUCAAUGUGGUGAUUUCACAGAAGAGCAGCAAGCCUCCCAAUGUCUCGCCCAUCAUCUUGGUGGCCAUCCCAAGGUUCUCAGCGGGCAGUUGGCCAAACUGGUGUCGCUCGAGUCUUUCCAAAGCCGCUUCCAGACUUUCGACCCGAACGGCUUGACCGUAUCCGCUCCCGUAUCCCCCAUCGAACAUCGUCCCGCUAGCCAACCGAACCAUUUCGCGCAUCCGCAUAUGAACGGGUUCCAGGAAUCGCAGUUCGCACCGAACCUCCUCCACCCAGGACGUGGCCACAAACGACAGCGAAGCCGGUCCGUACCAGCCGCCAUCGACUUUUCCAUGAUUCGGCAUCCCAUGCCCAGCUUCCUGGUCCACCAACAGCAGCAUGUUCCGUCGCCUCUGCAUCAAGUCCAUCCAAUCGCGCCGAACCAGGGGAGUCCAUUCGUCCCUCCCCAGAACCUGUUCGCGCCGGUUCCUCAGCACGCCUCACCUUCCCCGUUCCCGAACGCCGGAUUCGGUCCUCCUUUGCAGAAUCAUCACCCUCAAGGGCCACCGAAUGGUCUAUCCAUCGACACGACGGCAGCAUCCCCGAUGGGCCAGUACUCGAUGGACAUGCGCGCAUACCCCAUGACAGCCACCACUGCUCCUUCGCCGUCCGAAUUCGGCACGCCCGGGUUUUUCCCGGUGUCGGGACCGCCGGGACCGGAUGCAAUGCAGACCGCUCCCUUCAAUCAACCAUUCUCCGGCCCGCCUCAGAACCCGCAACCUAUCCCCGCCCAAGUCAUGACACCCAUGAACGAACCCACGAUGCACCACACUCCGCUCCCCGACUCCACGCCUCAAACUACGUCCAUCAGCCCCAUGGCCGGCGUCAGCCAACCAGUCCAGCCCCCACAGGAACAACAAAGCCAACCGUACGGCGUUUCGAACCCCGUCAUCGCGACCCACUCGCCCCCGCUCGGCGCACUCGGUCGCUCCGCAUCAGCGGAUUUCCUCGUGGGGGCUCUACCGGAGGACGGCUCGGGGUUGCAAGAGGAAAAUUUUCUUUCCAACGAUUUCUUCGGGUCCAAAGGCCAGGGCGUCACGUUGCCCAUUCGCUCGCCCUUCAUCGGGCAUAACAGCCCGUUCAGUGCGAACGAUGGAAACUAUAGCUCUGGGAUGGGAGACGAUGAUGGCUUGAUGAUGGGACUUGGGGAGCCGCUGGACGACGGCGUGCCUGGAUUCUGGGGGGACGGGGAUAACUAGUUUCGCGAUUUCGAAAACUAUCUCUGCACAUCCCACUCAUAUCAUGUUGCCCUUUUCUCUUUCCCCUUUGGAAACUUUUCCUUUUUUUUGUACUUCCUUUUUUCUCAGCUCAACGACCAGGGACGGGUUCGGACGAAUUUGGAUUCACCAAUGCGGCGUUUC